GUCAUCUUUGUGCUUCAUAUCCUACACCAGCUGGAAGUUCACUCUGUGUACUUCAUCUUCAGCAUCUGCUACCAUAUGGGGAUCAGAGCAACAUUGUAAUUUGACCAUACCCAUUUUGAGUUCAGUGCAUCCUCAUUUCUUCCUUUAUUGAGUUAUGUUUAAAGUUAAGCUUUAAAAGUUCCACUUUCUGGAUGAUGAUGCCUCUACCCUGCACCUUAAUCCCCCGUGCAUCUUACAGCUGUGAAAAAGUAGUCAGUUCCAUUUUUUUGUAUCAACCUACUCAUAACUGCAAGAGGAAUUCUUUCUGUCAGACUUCUACGUAGGCUGCUUUACCUCUUCAAGGACGUUCAUCAUGCACGAAGAAGAAUUAUACAGCUCUCUUCAGUGGGACACUCCAACCUCAGAGGCCUCUCAGAAAUGUCUGUGUCCUAGCAAAUGUUCAGGAACAUGGUGUGUCAUGACGAUGAUUUCCUGUGUGUUCUGUGUGGGCUUAUUAGCGACAUCCAUUUUCUUGGGCAUCAAGUUCUUCCAGGUGUCCUCUCUUGCAAUGAAUCAGCAGGAAAGACUCAUCCAGCAGGACAUAGCAUUGCUGAACCUCACAGAGUGGCAGAGAAACUACACCCUGCAGAUGAAAAACUGCCAAGCCUUGCAACAAAGAUCUCCCCGCUCAGGUAGUAACUGCAGUUAUUGUCCACACAACUGGAUUCAGAAUGGAAAAAGUUGUUACUACGUCUUUCAAAUCCAGAAAAAAUGGAAUGGCAGUAAGGAGAUUUGUUUAAAGGAGGAUGCCAGUCUCCUUCAAAUAGACAGCAAAGAAGAAAUGGAUUUCAUCAUCCACAGCCUACGGAUGCUCAAAGGAUUUGAGUACUGGGUGGGAGUGUUUCAAGAUGAACUCAGUCAAUCUUGGUUCUGGCAAGAUGGUUCCUCUCCUCUCCUUGACUUUUUGCCAACAGAGAGACAGUUAUCAGCCCGCCAGAUCUGUGGAUACCUCAAAGACCGUUCCCUCUUCUCAGACACCUGCAACAGCUGGAAAUAUUUUAUCUGUGAGAUGAAUGCAUUGGGAUCCUGCAUCUGAAAGAUCCAGCUCAAAGCCGCCUCUGUUGCAUGAAGGUUUAGAAGAGAUCAAAGAGCAAAUGCAGAAGGAGAUUGGUGUGUGGGCCGUGAAAGCAAACUUGCUUUUAUAUUUACACUUAGCAAUACUCUUGAAUGUUUUGCAGAUUUCAGUUGACCUUGUCCUGUAGUAUGCCAAGGAGAAAAUUGAUUUAGAGCUACAGAAGCCCUGACUCAUUGAGAACAAAGAAGAGAAAAUCAUUUCCUGUUUGUUUGGAAGUCCAAAGUGAUUACCCAUACUACAAAGACAUUUAGCCAUCAUUGUGGGAGUUUGCACAGUAAUCCCUGAUUUGUUUUUUAAUAAAUAAAUUUACCAUUAUACUGAUUACCAUUAACAAUUGAUAGAUUUUUCUUCAGAUCAAGAAUUGUAUAUCAUAAGAUCGCACCCUGAGAGGAGACAGAUUUCCAAACUAGUGUUACUAUGAAUCACAUGCCUGGGGUCCUUUGGCUAUAGAUAAAAAUGAGCAGGAUGGAAGGGGCUGGAGAAAUGGUUCAGUGGUUAAGAGCACUGACUGUUCUUCAAGGUUGGAUAAAGCACAGACAAAUAGCCAAACAAAUGGAAACACGUGAACUAUGAACCAAUGGCUGAGGGGUCACCAACUGGAUCAGGCCCUCUGAAUGGGUGAGACAGUUGAUUGGCUUGAUCUGUUUGGGAGGCAUCCAGGCAGUGGGACCGGGUCCUGUGCUCAUAGCAUGAGUUGGCUGUUUGAAACCUGGGGCCUAUGCAGGGUCGCUUGGCUCGGCCUGGGAGGAGGGAACUGGACCUACCUGGACUGAGUCUACCAGGUUGAUCUCAGUCGGUGG